AUCACUGCCUCCAGUUCCAUGAUGCAAAAGAAAUAUUGCAAGGGGAGUUCCUCCAAACGAGAUUCUAUAGCACUUACCGCUGUGGCAUUACAGGAUCACAUUUUACAUAAUCUUCAGCUGCAGAAUCUUUCAUUAGCAGAUACUUUUAAGUCAAAUGCACGGAGUAAAAAGAAUUUAUACAAACCUGUGAACAAAGAGACAAUCAAAGCAGUGGUAGAUACUGGACUAAGGAAAACAAGCAAACACCAACAAAAAAAUGAAGAUCCAGAGAAGGAAUAUGUUCUUGAUCCUUAUCCUCAGCCUCUCACUUUAGCUCAGAAACUUGGGUUGGUGGAGCCUCCUGCCAUGCCAUUAACCAUGGAGGAAUGGGAGCAUGUGAAGCAACGAUCUGUAAAACAAGGAGAUUCUGUUCAACCUUGUGCCAUAUGCAGAGAAGAAUUUGCACUUCAGCCACAGGUACUGCUCUCAUGUUCUCAUGUGUUUCACAAAGCAUGCCUGAGAGCUUUUGAAAGAUUUGCAGGUAAAAAGACCUGUCCAAUGUGUAGAAAGAUCCAGUAUCAGACCCGAGUCAUUCAUGAUGGAGCACGCCUAUUUAAAAUAAAGUGUGCCAUAAGAAUUCAAGCUUUUUGGAGGGGGCAUAUUGUUAGGAAAUGGUAUAAAAAUCUGAGAAAAACAGUGCCUCCAAAAGAUGCCAAGUUAAGAAAAAAAUUCUUUGAAGAAAAGUUUACAGAGAUCUGCCAACGAUUAUUGAAUUCAUAUGACACCCGCAUAGAUGAACUGUUCUCUGAGAUUGAUUCUGCUGUAGCUGAAAGUCAAAAUGUCUUUCAACAGCUGGACAAGAAGUUGGUCCCACUUAUCAUAGAUGAAGUUGAGUGGGAAAAGAUACAGAUGCAGGCGUUCCGGCAAGACAUAGUUGACUGUCCAAUUUGCAUUAUGCCACUCAUCCACCCCACACAUCUGCAGGAUGGAAUUCCCCAAGACAGCUACCAACCAUGCUCCCGCCAGACUGUUCUUCUCUCCUGUUCCCACAUGUUUCAUAGUUCUUGUGUUCAAGCAUUUGAAGAGUUCUCCUUGGGAGAAAGACCCAUAUGUCCUUUAUGCCGCUCCUGUUAUCAGAAGAAAAUUCUUAACUAA